GAACCGAAUUGCAGGCUCACGCUCAGUGCGCGAGCAAGCGUGAUACGGAAUGAACGUGUGGUGCGUUUUGCGCGGACGUUGACACUUCGAUAUUUUUUUUUAACUUGCGACUUAUGCAGCCAGAAUUGUAAACGUUUUGGAGUAUAAAGUUGGACAAAUAAAAUAGUUUUUAUUGUCUAAAGUUUACUUCGAUGCAGUUCGCGCAGAGUUUUGACCAGUAUUUGUGAAUUUCCGUAUAGACGCGAAAAAAGUGAAGAAGACAUUUCGAAACAAAGGACUGUUUUGUACAUUUUCGCAACGCUUGCGAAAUUGUGUUCAAAAAUAUAAAACUGGCUCAAUCGUGGAGGGAAUAAUAAAAAAACAUUGCCCUAGCCAACUAGUUCGGACUCAAUCUGUGGUCACCGACUAUAAAAACAAAAACGCAUCAAUUCACUAACAUUUUUCACAAAGUAUUUGUACAAAGGUUUCCUAAAAAUUCUCGUUGAAAAUACCGUGAACUACUCUCCACUUGCUAAAUUACAGUGAGUUUAACCUCAAAAUUCGUGCCUAAAGUGGAUCUGUUUAAUUGCACUUUUCAAAACUUAAAACAAGCACUGCAAAACCUGGAUCGUAAUAAUUAGUGUCGAGUUGGUUUUACAUAAUGUCUACUGCCAUAAUGCAUCAGUCUGCGCUGUAUGACUUUGGUGAUCUGUUCUUGAAGAACCAAACUCGCCCAGUGCAGACGAUGAACGCCACGCUGAGCAGCGCGCUCGGUCCUGUCGGCGCAACAAACGUUUCUGCUAGCGUGGGGUGGGACCAGCAUCCCGUCCUCGCGCGAGCAGCGUCCGUGCCAUCACAACGAGCCCUCGCCGGCCUUCUAACGAGCCUGGGCCAUCGACGCCUCGAACGCACCACCAGUGACCCCGCACCUCCACCGCCUGCCACGAGCCGGUACAAGACCGAACUCUGCCGACCAUUCGAAGAAGCCGGUGUUUGCAAGUACGGCGAUAAAUGUCAGUUCGCUCACGGCGUGCGCGAGCUCCGAAACCUCCAGCGUCACCCUAAAUACAAGACAGAGCUCUGCCGCACGUUCCACUCUGUGGGAUUCUGCCCGUACGGUCCACGCUGCCACUUCGUUCACAACGCCGAAGAAGCGAGACGCCGCGAGCCACCAUCGCCGGGUGGAUCUCUUGCAUCUCUAUCCUCGGGUGGCUCUCUCACAUCCUACAUGAGCGACGGCUCCCGCUCCCCGAGAUCACCGCACUCGCCGCUGACCCCGCAAUCCCCCAUGGCGCCGCACUCUCCGCCAGCGAUGUCACCGCCCGCACACGCCACUUCCUUCGCGUUCCGCCGUACGCACUCGCCCGAACUAGAGGAGGAGCGGCUGCCCGUCUUCAACCGCCUCUCUUCCGCGUUCGGCGACCUCGUGAUCGCCUAAGCGCGAGUGGUUGCCUAGUCCUAAGCCAACAACCCGAGCGUAGCGUUUAAGAAUCGUCCGUCACCUUAGUGCCUACUCGACGUCUUCCAGACUGCGCCAGAGCGACGUCCCGCUCGACGCGCCUCGCGCCCUCACCCGCUCAACGAAUGAUCUCCAGUUUACCGAUGCUCUUACGCCCUGUAAUAUUGUAAAGUUUAACAAGUACACUGGCGUCUCGAAAGUUUGCGGUGUGAAUAUAAUAGAUAUAUACAUCAUUUUAGUUAUCGGCACGCACUUGUAAAUGGCACCUUAUAUUAUUAGAUAUUUAUUGUGUAGCUCGCGGAAGUCUUCCCGAUGCGAUCCUCCGCCGAGCGGUGGUCUCUGUAAAGUUAGCAUAUAGUAACAUUUUAUUUAUUUCGUACUGCCUAUCCGCGCUCGGUACCGUACCGCGAGAAGGCGCUCGUGAUCUAUUUUUAAGGAUAUAAGAUAAUAAUUUAUUAUUUAUUUCGAGUCUCUUUAACUUUAAUAAUUAUUUUGUAGCUAGCAGUUGCGAUGCCACACCGCAUACGGACGAGGCACGCGUCGACGGGACGUGGCUCGUUUACAUAGACCUCAAGCUCGACUGAUCCUCUCAUGACGAUACCUCGUAGCAAAAGCGUAGGCGUUCUACUAAACGGUGGAGUCAGCCGGCGCCGAUGGAGCUUAGGGGGCAGACGGGCUUAUAACCACGAUUUUAUAAUUUUAAUAUCCAAUUGCAAGUAUUUGUAUUACAAAAAUCUUUGUUCUACCUUCAUCGUUGCGCUAUCCCGACAAUCUGGAGCCGACAUCACCUAGUAGCUAGUAUCAACAAUCCGAAGCUCAUUUGAGAAGCAUCGGAAAGAUCCUGCGGCGCGCCGCCCCCAGCGGCACGUCUGCAAGGAUUUUUCCUUUUUGCGUCGAGCGAGCGCGGCGAGCGUAAACCUGUUUUGAAGUUUUGGUGAUUGUUUUUUUCGUCCUCGCGACCGCACUCGGGUCUCUCUCGCUCCAGCGCUUGACGAGAUCGCGCUCGAACGCACGCAAAAAAUGACAGGUAUCCGAGAAUAAGCCCGUCGAUCUCCCGAGACUCCGUACACCGAUAUACCUGUAUUGUAUAAAGAUAUAGUGACGACAAUAGUAUAUGAAGCAUGUCGACAGGGGCUCGUUGCGGAGCGGCCCUUUCCCCUCGCGCUUCCACGCCGCACCCGCGCGAGCCCCUCCAAAUAAGUGCCUUUUACAUUAUAACAAAAUAAAUCGAUUAUAAUAAUAUUUAAUUUUUAGUUGAUCAAGAUAGAUUGAUUUUUAUUUAUUGUCUAUACUUGAAUAUAAUAUUCAAAUGGGCACAGUUUAAAACUACUGUAUGUAAUUUGACAGAACAUCGAUAUAUUGAUUUUUUUUUAUUUAUUGUCUCUUUUUGAAUAUCCUAUUCAAAUCGGCACAGUUAUUACUUUUUGUACUUUGACAGAGCUAAGUGAUUUGUUUCGACGUAGAAUAGUUUUUGAAUUUAAAGUGUGAUAUUUUAUAAUAUUUAUAUAACAAAGUUUAAUGUUUUAAUUAAGGGACCAAUUAAGUGAUUAGGAGAAAUUCUGAUAGAACCAGCCAGAUACGCUUUGAGUCUUACCGGGAAGUAACCCUCCUGAUCCUCGCGCCUCGAGUGAAGUAUUUUUUUACAUGUCAGAUCGAAGACUUUGUACAAUUAAUAAAAACAUAUUUUAAACCAUUAAGGGUUUUUCUUUGUUAUCUUAUAAGCAGACAGAACCAAGAUGGUGGUAUUAUUUUGUUUUCUUGAAGUAUUUUCUAUUUAGUUUCAGUUUUUCUCCAUCUCAAAGAAAGUUGCAUGGUGACCGCAGAAUGAUAAUAAUUUUGUACCUAAUGUUAAGAUUUAGUUUUAAGCGUUUUUUUCAUAAAGCUCGCGAAUAUUAUUUAUUAUCAGUUCAUUACGAAUUAUAAACCAUUAAAACGGAUUUAUUUAAUUUCUUUUGUAUUUAAAACAAACAUUUAAGUACUACGAUUACUUGUAACUUAAUGUUAGUAAUAUAUCAUGAGUCAUUUAAUAUAACAAGCAUUAGUUUAGAUACUCUAGUACCUACGUCAGUUGUAAUUAAGUAUUUAAUUUUUUUUUUUAUUUAAUUCCAUUUGUAAGUUAAUCUUCCAAAAAAUUGACUUUACUAUAUUCCCUUACGGACAAAAAAUUAAGGCUAAAGCUUGUUUAUGACAUUUUCUUGUAAGUUUUCCUUAUUUCCAUCUGCAUUUUUAUUGAAUUAUAGCCAAAAUAUGUUAAAAUUUU